UAACGGUCCAAAGAAUCACGUUAUCACAAUUGCGGUGGACAUUCUGUUUGCUGUCUCCGGCUUCGAUGGCGGCGGCGAUAUCGGCUUCGAUGGCGGCGGCGGUGAGGCCGUCGUCUGUGGCGUUUCUCGCGAGACGGAGACCGAAGUGGGUAUUCUCUUCUGUCGCGAAUUGUUCGUCUUCCUCUUCGUCUUCCACUCCGAAGACGAGGAAGCUUGUUCUGUAUUCGAAACCAGGUUGUUGUCUCUGCGACGGUCUGAAAGAGAAGCUUCAGGCCGCGUUCCUGCUCUCCGGUCCCGAUUCUCUCCAUGACGUCGUCCUGCAGGUGAGGGAUAUCACGACCAAUCCCGACUGGGAGAAGGCUUACCAAUAUGAAAUACCGGUUCUUGCAAAAGAAAACUCUGAUGGCACCGAGGAAAUUUUGCCGAGAUUGUCACCUCGUCUCAGAGUGGAGCUCAUUCAGAAGAAUUCUUUUGUCCUUUUGCCUUUAUUCUCUUUGAUCAAAGUCUCGCCAUUUUUAACUCCGAGAAGGCGAAGAACCUCAUCUUUUGACUGUUCCAUCAACUUGGAUGGCUCCAAGAGGUACAUGCUCUGUUUUAUGCAUGGGGCACUUUAUAUCUCUCUCUUUUAUGAUUUUGAUAUAUCACUAACUAACUUUUUGUUUUUGAUUGAUUUCCGAAUCUGUGGUGCAAGUCAGGCACGUACAUUGUCUCUUUUCAUUGAAAAUUAUUUCGCCUUUUUCCGCAUCCUUUAUUAGCUAAAAGAAAAGGUUCGUAGAAUUUCUUUAGAAUCAUCAAAGCUAUUGUUCUUGCAAUUGUUUGCAGAUGACGCUGCUGCUGCUGCUUUUGCCCGGAUGGAAGUGAUCGAUUUGGCAACACGAUUCUAUCAUCAUUUCUACUUCUCGAUUGCCAUUACGGAACUGCCUCUUCUUGAAUGGUGGAAACAACUCUUGCUUGGAUCCGACCAGAAGUGUUUCAACUAAUCAAGUUUUGUUUUCCAUCAUUUGUCCAGCUGCAGGGUGACGUGUAGGUUAAGUUUCGAGUUAAGAGGCAGUGUUCUCCGUCUGGUUCAUCUAACCAUCCCUUUUUUCUUCUGUUGGUUUUUCCACAUUUAAGGAAACGUCGUGAUUCGAUCGAUGGGUACAAACCCUAGCCGAAGACAGCUAGCCCUAUUCUCGGACAGCCAGCCACCCAUCAAAACCCUAGGGCUCCCGGCCCUGUUAUUUCCUAAGAUUUCACGCUGACAAUAGAUAAAUGCCGAACUCCCGAGUCCAAAACAAAGGUUUAUAUGAUCAGAAUUCAUUACAUGUGAUAUUAGAUUUUAUGUUGGUUGUCA